UGUUAAAUUAUGUUUCCAAUCGAUCUUGCCAAACUAGCCACCUUACAGUCUAAGGUAAAAAAUCAACUAAAACUUUAUAUAUAUAAAUACAUACCAUAUAUUUAUACUUAAAUACUUAAUAUUAAUAUUAGAGAUUAGAAUCAGACUUCAAGGUACUAGGGAGGAUAGGAAAGGGUGGAUUCUCUAAGGUUUAUAAGGUGAACAACUUAUUAGAUAAGAAUACUUACGCUUUGAAAAAAGUAAAUUGUGUUUAUAUAUUAUUUUAGAUUGAACUCAAAGCUAAGGACAUUAAAGAUAGCCUUGAGAAAAAUAUUGAAAGAGCAUAAAGAGGUAUACUAUUUUUAUCAAAAAGUUCCUUAGAAGCCAAAUAUUUAGCCCGUCUAUCACAUCCCAAAAUUAUUAGAUAUUUUAAUUCUUGGGUUGAAGUUAUGUAGAACAAAUUAGAUUCAAAUAAGAUUAUGAGAAAAUAAGAAUAAGAUUAAAAUGAUUUCGUUAUUGAACGAAAUAAUUUUAGUUUUUGUGAUUCAUAAUCUAAUUCAAAGAAUGAACUUGAAAAUUUAAUUAUGUUUAAAGACACCCAAAAUGAAUAGAUAAGUUAUUCUGAAUAAGAAAAUGAAAUUUAACCAAAAUCUAGAGUAAACAGAAAAAAAUAAAAUUAUAAUACUCAAAAUAAAAAAUCAACUAGUCAAGAUGAAAAAAAAUUAGAGUUUGAUAAAAUCAUAUUUUACAUUUAAACUGAGUUUUGUUAAUAAACACUAGAAAAUUAUUUGCAGUAAAGAAACAACGAAUUACUAAAACUGAAAAAAAAAAAUAUUGAAAAAUAUUAACUCAAAUUAUAAAAUUAUGAAAAUGAGGCUAAACUUAUAUUAGAAUAAAUAAUUAAAGGAUUAGACUAUUUGCAUAAUGAAUGUAAAUUAGUUCAUCGUGAUUUGAAACCAGGAAAUAUUUUUAUGAAUAGUCCAGAAGAUGUUAAAAUUGGUGAUUUUGGUUUAGUAACCAAAUUAAAGCAAUUUUAUGACUUUGAUGAUCAAGAUAACAAUGAUGAUAUUUGUACAAAAAUGUAUGCUGCUCCUGAACAAAUCACUAAAAAUAUAAAUUAAGCUUUUUAUGAUUAAAAAAGUGAUAUUUAUGCAUUAGGUUUAAUAAUUUUGUUACUAUUUCAUCCAAUUUCUACUUCUAUGGAAAUGAUUAAAGUAAUAAAUGAUGCCAGAAAAGGAAUUUUACCAUCUAUUCUUAGAGACAAACACAUUUAAAUAGCUAAUACUAUAUUAGAAUGUUUAAAUCAUGAUCCAAAACAAAGACCAAAUAUUAAUGAGAUUUCAUUUAAAGGAUCUUCAAAUUCAUUAUCCUCAUCAAAGAAAAGCAGCAAUGAAUUUAGUAGUGAAUCAACUGAUUAUUUUAUUAAAAAUAUUGGUAUUUGUUAUGUUAAAUUUGAGGAUGAAGAAAUUUAAGAAAAGUAAUUAUUUUUUAAUAUAUGUUUUUAGAUAUUUGGUUUUUAAUAACAAAUAAAUUUAGAUUUAUAAAAAUUAGAAAAGUUUAAAAGCUUAAAUGAUUUAUAAUCUUAAUGAAUGCAAUAUAUCUUAUCUUGAUAAUGAGAUUAUAAUUUAACACAGUCAAUUAGAAAACUUUUCUUUCACAACUACACAUAAUUAUUUAUAAGAAAUUUAUGAUCAAUUAUGUGAACUCACUUAAUCAUUCAAUUGA